AUGUAAGCUCUGAUCCAAGUCAUCUUACUGAGGCUCGUAAAAAAUCUCUUAUUCUUCCCAGAGGUUGAAUCAACUUAAAAUUUCGCCAAAGAAAUGACUAGUAAAGCAUAAUAAGAGAACAUUUAAUCAAGUGAAAUAAUCGACGAAGACUUUAUGAUAUUGACUGACUAUUAAACUAAAGGAAGAGGUAGAAGAGAAAAUGUAUGGAUAUCUAAAGAUUCAGGAGUCGAUCCACUUGCCUCUCUCACAUUUACCUUCACAAGAACUAUUCCUUACUAAUAGGUAUUAAAGUUUAAACUUUACCCUUACCUGGUGGGAGUAGCUCUAGCUAGAUCUUUAAACAAUUAGUACUUCCCAGAUAUAAAAGGUGCUUAAGUAUAACUAAAAUGGCCAAAUGAUGCCUACUUAGGAGGCAAAAAGUUCUCUGGGUGUCUUGAAGAGGGAGAAAAAUUGAAUAGUUUGGAUUUGGGCAAGGUAUAUAUUGGUCUGGGUAUUAAUAUCAAUGAAGGGCAUGGUUUUACUUGCUUAGCUGAGCAUACUCAGAAAUCACUGGAGAAACUUGAUAUUUUGAAAAGUUUUACUGAAGAAUUUUUAGAGCUAGAAAAACUGUUGGGAAUUGAAAAUAAUGAUAAUAGUGGUGUGAGAAAGUUAUUAGAUUUAUAUGAGAGUCUCUGGAUGCAUCAUGGAUAAGAAGUAACACUUGAAGUCCCAGAAUUUUAACUUCCCGGUAUCAGACUUAAUGGAAAGAUAGCAGGAAUAACAGACGAAGGAUUUUUAAAGGUUUCAGUAGGAGAUAAUCUUUAUGAAAGCUAUCCAGCUGAUGAUUAUUCUCUGGAUAUUAAAAACAGCAGAAUUAUAAGAAAAUUACAAUGA